UUUCUUUUCCUUUGUGUAACUUUUUCUUGCAUUGUGGGCCACAAACCUGAAACCCCAGUCCCUCUCUCUCCCUCUUUACGUCUUCCACACUUGAGUCCAAUAGUAAGGAGUCUUCUAUAUAUUCAACAUCUCAUCAUUCCAAGUCUUUUAACACAUUUGAGAGUCUCUAAAGGGUGCUUUGAGAUGGGCAAUUACAAGUUCAGGUUUUCAGAUAUGAUGCCCAAUGCCUGGUUUUACAAGCUCAAAGGUCUGGGCAGAGACAAAAACCUGAACUUUUCACAAUUCUUGAAGCAAAAACAGCCAACUUCAGCUUCAACAACAACAACUCAACUAUCAAAACCAAAGCCAAAACCAAAACCAAAACAACCCCACCACCAUUAUCAGUAUUCGAGGAAGUCUCAUCAUUUCACUAGGGAGAUUAUCCCAGCUGAUAGAUUCCACAAUUCUCCCACAAAAACAAAAUCCUCGGACAUCCAUUUCCCUGACCCACCAAGGAAAUCAACAAAACAAACAAGACUCAAAAGAAGAACCACCAGGUGUGGUCCUAAGAUUAUCAGUUCAUCCGUUUCUGCUGGCUGUAGCUGCCGUGCCACAAUCUGGACCAAGUCUGAUUCUCCGGCGGACUUUUCUUCUUCAUCGCUUGAUAGCAGUUCUACUGAGCCACAACUUCUUGAAGAUUGUGUUCCUGAUUACAGCUAUGACAAAGUUGUUGCUGCCGGUGACUCUUUUGAUAGCAUGGUGGCCUGGUCAAAGGCUUGUGGCUGCAAAGCCGAUUCUGAUAGUAAUGCGAAAGAUAUCGUUAUUGAUAUGGAUAAGAAUUCUUUUGAGCCUAAAAAUCUUGAUGGGUUUGAUAGUUUAUCUGAACUUGAACUCCCUCCCAUCAUAACCAAGCCUUCCAAGGUCGUCAACCAGACCUCUGAGCCAUCCGAGUAUAAAAGAAGUUCAGCUAAAUUUCAACAAUCAAACCCCCAUGGCUCACUGUCAGUUAAGGUUGUGAAAGAACAAAAGAUGAGUCCAGUGAGAAAAUCUUUUGCAAAUUCUCCAGGUGUACGCUUGAGAACAAAUUCUCCGAGAAUCGCAAGUAGGAAGAUUCAGGCUCACGGGAGAAGGAGCUCUACUUCAUCGAGUUUGUCAGAGAGCUUUGCUGUUGUGAAAUCAUCAUUAGAUCCACAAAAAGACUUCAGAGAAUCAAUGGUGGAGAUGAUUGUGGAGAAUAACAUCAGAGCUUCAAAGGAUUUAGAAGACUUAUUGGUUUGUUAUCUUUCAUUGAAUUCUGAUGAAUAUCAUGAACUCAUUAUCAAGGUCUUCAAGCAAAUCUGGUUUGAUUUGACAGACAAUCGGAUUAAGCAGAAACAAUAAUAAUUGCUUCCAUAUCUCCAGAUGUAUAUAACUUUCUGUAAUUUCCAUAAAGAGUAAAAACGUAGUUGAGCAUAAUUUCAAGGUCUUCAUUUCUUCUCUCUCAGGUCAGUUAAGCUCGUUCUGUAUCAAAUUGCUGAAAAUAGAAAUUAAAUUUCUUAAGA